UUAAGUACUUACACUCACGAUUUCCUAAUCCACGCGUGAAUUCUUGCUUUUGAAAUUCAAAACCCAAGACUGCAGCCUUAAUGCCUAACGCUUUCACCUUCAUAUAUAUUCCUCUUCACUAUCGUCUCCAGUCCACCACUGCGCAUGCUUUCUCUAUACUGUGUGAACCAGCUAUGUCUAUGAUAGAAGUGAGAGUUCCAAACCUUGACUGCGAGGGUUGCGCUGCAAAGUUGAAGAGAGCUCUCCUUAAGCUCAAAGGAGCAGAAGAAGUGGAAAUAGAAAUGGAAAUACAAAAAAUAACAGUGAGAGGGUAUGGAUUAGAGGAAAAGAAGGUGCUAAGAGCUAUAAAGCGAGCAGGGAAAGCAGCGGAGCCAUGGCCAUUUCCAGGAUACUCUCAUUUUGCUUCUUUCUAUAAAUAUCCAAAUCAUAUUGUCAACCAUUACUACGAUAGUUACAAAAAUGUAGCUUCUAAUGGCGUUCACACUUUCUUUCAUACUCCUGCCAUUUACUCUGUUGCUGUGGCUUCCGAUGAGGCUAUUGCUUCCCUUUUCAGUGAUGACAAUCCCCAUGCUUGCAUUGUUAUGUGAUUUUAGCUUUGAGGAUCAGGGAAUAUUAUUGUACCUUAUGGUAUUUAAUCAUAAACUGUAUUAUCUAUUGGGUUUUGAUUUUCUGUUUGAAUACGUUUAAGUAUAAAUCUUUUUUGUUAAAUUAAUGAUUCAAUAUUUUAUUUGUAAAUUGAAAUGCAAAAAUAUAAAUUUGAAUUUAUAUU